GGGAAAGCCCCGGAUGUUCGUUGGGGAUUCAACAUGGCGGCGGGAGUGGCCGCGGUGGUGGCGGUGCAAGAGAGCUGAGGGAGGCGCGAGGGCGCGGAGUUCCAGGCCGAGCAGUUAGGCCGCGAGCGACUGCGGCGCCGAGCCGGGCCACAGGACUUGCUGUGCCACGUGCUGUGCCAGGCAUGGGGGAGCCAGCUGGGAACAAGACAGAACAGAAACUCCACCUGCAUGUCCCCUCGUCCUCUGGUCUCAACUCUUCUCCUCUUCCUGGAAGCCUUCCUGCUGCCCACCCCGCGUCCCUCCAGACUGGGUCCUGUGCUCCCGUCCCCCAGCCCUGACCACCCUGGGCUGCUGCUGCAUGGGGACAGAUCUGUCUGCCCCACACGAACUUCCCAUGGGUCAAAGGCUGUCUGGGUCACUGCAGUGGCCACAGAGGAGGCCCAUUGCUGAGUUCUUCCUAAAUGAAUGAAUGAAUGAGUGAGUGAAUUGGAUGCAUUCCUCUCAUUUUACAGAUGAGUAACCCGAAGCCCUUAGAGGAGUGGUCACCUGCCUGAGGGCACUUCUGUCCCACCAGCAUCAGACCAGGUGUGUGCAGGCCGCACCGAGUCCCCGGCACCAUGUUUGGGAAGAGGAAGAAGCGGGUGGAGAUCUCCGCGCCGUCCAACUUCGAGCACCGCGUGCAUACGGGCUUCGACCAGCACGAGCAGAAGUUCACAGGGCUGCCCCGCCAGUGGCAGAGCCUGAUCGAGGAGUCGGCUCGCCGGCCCAAGCCCCUCGUCGACCCCGCUUGCAUCACCUCCAUCCAGCCCGGGGCCCCCAAGACCAUCGUGCGGGGCAGCAAAGGUGCCAAAGAUGGGGCCCUCACGCUGCUGCUGGACGAGUUUGAGAACAUGUCGGUGACACGCUCCAACUCCCUGCGGAGAGACAGCCCGCCGCCGCCCGCCCGUGUCCGCCAGGAAAAUGGGAUGCCAGAGGAGCCGGCCACCACGGCCAGAGGGGGCCCAGGGAAGGCAGGCAGCCGAGGCCGGUUCGCCGGUCACAGCGAGGCGGGUGGCGGCAGUGGUGACAGGCGACGGGCGGGGCCAGAGAAGAGGCCCAAGUCUUCCAGGGAGGGCUCAGGGGGGCCCCAGGAGUCCUCCCGGGACAAACGCCCCCUCUCCGGGCCUGAUGUCGGCACCCCCCAGCCUGCUGGUCUGGCCAGUGGGGCGAAACUGGCAGCUGGCCGGCCCUUUAACACCUACCCGAGGGCUGACACGGACCACCCGUCCCGGGGUGCCCAGGGGGAGCCUCAUGACGUGGCCCCUAACGGGCCAUCAGCGGGGGGCCUGGCCAUCUCCCAGUCCUCCUCCUCCUCCUCCCGGCCUCCCACCCGAGCCCGAGUUGCCCCCAGCCCUGGAGUGCUGGGACCCCACGCCUCAGAGCCCCAGCUGGCCCCUCCAGCCCGCACCCCCGCUGCCCCUGCCGCCCCUGCCGUUCCUGGGCCCCCUGGCCCCCGCUCGCCACAGCGGGAGCCACAGCGAGUAUCCCAUGAGCAGUUCCGGGCUGCCCUGCAGCUGGUGGUGGACCCAGGCGACCCCCGCUCCUACCUGGACAACUUCAUCAAGAUUGGCGAGGGCUCCACGGGCAUCGUGUGCAUCGCCACCGUGCGCAGCUCGGGCAAGCUGGUGGCCGUCAAGAAGAUGGACCUGCGCAAGCAGCAGAGGCGCGAGUUGCUCUUCAACGAGGUGGUAAUCAUGAGGGACUACCAGCACGAGAAUGUGGUGGAGAUGUACAACAGCUACCUGGUGGGGGACGAGCUCUGGGUGGUCAUGGAGUUCCUGGAAGGAGGCGCCCUCACCGACAUCGUCACCCACACCAGGAUGAACGAGGAGCAGAUCGCGGCCGUGUGCCUGGCAGUGCUGCAGGCCCUGUCGGUGCUCCACGCCCAGGGCGUCAUCCACCGGGACAUCAAGAGCGACUCGAUCCUGCUGACCCAUGAUGGCAGGGUCAAGCUGUCAGACUUUGGGUUCUGCGCCCAGGUGAGCAAGGAAGUGCCCCGGAGGAAGUCGCUGGUCGGCACGCCCUACUGGAUGGCACCAGAGCUCAUCUCCCGCCUUCCCUACGGGCCAGAGGUAGACAUCUGGUCGCUGGGGAUAAUGGUGAUUGAGAUGGUGGACGGAGAGCCCCCCUACUUCAACGAGCCACCCCUCAAAGCCAUGAAGAUGAUUCGGGACAACCUGCCACCCCGACUGAAGAACCUGCACAAGGUGUCGCCAUCCCUGAAGGGCUUCCUGGACCGCCUGCUGGUGCGAGACCCUGCCCAGCGGGCCACGGCAGCCGAGCUGCUGAAGCACCCAUUCCUGGCCAAGGCAGGGCCACCCGCCAGCAUCGUGCCCCUCAUGCGCCAGAACCGCACCAGAUGAGGCCCAGCGCCCUUCCCCUCGACCAAAGAGCCCCCCGGGUCACCCCCGCCCCACCGAGGCCAGUAGGGGUCCAGGCCUCCCACUCCUCCCAGCCCGGGAGAUGCUCCGCGUGGCACCGCCCUCCUUGCUGGCGGUAGAUGGGACCCUACUACUGAACUCCAGUUUUGCUCUCGUGACUUUUAGAAAAACACAGGGACUCGUGGGAGCAAGCGAGGCUCCCAGGACCCCCACCCUCUGGGACAGGCCCUCCCCCAUGUUCUUCUGUCUCCAGGAAGGACAGCGGCCCUCCCAUCACUGGAAGUCUGCAGUGGGGGUCGCUGGGGGUGGAGAGAACACUAAGAGGUGAACAUGUGUGAGUGUGUGCACGCGUGUGAGUGUGCAUGUGCGUGUGUGCAAAGGCCCAGCCACCCCGUCCUCCAGCCUGCAAGGGGUGUCUGGCGCCUUGCCUGACACCCAGCCCCCUCUCCCCCUGAGCCAUUGUGGGGGUCGAUCAUGAAUGUCCGAAGAGUGGCCUUUUCCCGUAGCCCUGCGCCCCCUUUCUGUGGCUGGAUGGGGAGACAGGUCAGGGCCCCCCACCCUCUCCAGCCCCUGCAGCAAAUGACUACUGCACCUGGACAGCCUCCUCUUUUCUAGAAGUCUAUUUAUAUUGUCAUUUUAUAACACUCUAGCCCCUGCCCUUAUUGGGGGACAGAUGGUCCCUGUCCUGCGGGGUGGCCCUGGCAGAACCACUGCCUGAAGAACCAGGUUCCUGCCCGGUCAGCGCAGCCCCAGCCCGCCCACCCCUGCCUCGAGUUAGUUUUACAAUUAAAACAUUGUCUUGUUU